AUGUGGGCUCUCCUUCUGGUUGCGCUGGCUUCUUCUGCACUUGCUUUCAAAUGUGAGUCACCGAAACAUUCGGCAACAUCUUUUUCUACCACUGACGGGUUUUUCCAUUUCCACACAACUUUCAUCGCAGAAUUCACACUUCAGUGCAGUAACAGUGUAAAGGAUGCUCCAUUCUUCGCUGUGGUGAACGGCAACAUCUACAGUGUUGCAGUUUCGGUGGAGACCGCAAAAUAUCAGGUUUCGUGGGCUCAGGAGCACGACCAGUCUGACGCUCAAACAUUUGCCAUUAAGAUCUUUGACGAAGAUGGUAUUGCUUCUUAUAGAAAGGAUCCUAAUACUGCCCCGUUGUUCACUAUCGACCAUUACCAUCCGGGCCUUACACGAAAGCCUUUUGUUUCCUCAGAAACGGUAGCCUUGUUUUUAUGUGUUGCAGCUCUAUACUAUGCUAUCAAGCAGAAGUCGGAGAUCACUCAUUAA